CUUGAACAAGAAGCGCGAUCAAGAAUACUUCAGAAAAGCUAUAUGUUGGCAGACACUCAGGUGCACGCUCAAGGAGGGCCGAACAUGGGGCGAACAAUCGACCAAGAUGUCCAUGCGGCAUUUGUCGAAUUCAAGGCCAAAGAGGACGACAAAUGCAUGUCGGUUCAAUGCAUUUAUUGCCAGCAAAUUCGAGCAAAGAAUACGUCGCGCCAGAAGCAGCAUCUCCUAGAGUGUCCCGGCUUACAAAACCAUCCUAAUGCUCCUCGACCACAGUCAUCCGCUGGCGAUGGCAUCGGCCCGGCGAACGGCUUCGGCACACCAUCGAGUCUGCAUCAAACGAAUGGUCCCAUGAGCAAUGGGAUGCCGACACACAGUACUCCGAUGCAAGGGAUAACUUCAACGUCCUCUAUACCCGCCACAACUCCUCAAGGUGUCGCUACCACUCCGCGGAGACCGACGCCCAAGCCCAAAGUGCCCAAGACAACUCCCAGUUCGAGUCUGCCUGCACCGCCGCUCGAUGACGUCCAUGCUGCUUUUGUAGAGUUCAGAGCCAAAGAGGAGGACAAAUGCUUGUCGGUACAAUGUAUCUACUGCAACCAGAUCCGAGCCAAAAAUACAUCGAGACAGCGCCAGCAUCUGCUUGAGUGUACGACUUAUCAGAACGUCAUGAAGGAGUCUAUACCAGCCAACAAUCUUCUACAUCGAUUCGAUGAAGGCGACGUUGCUCGUUCUCUGCAGCUGCCUACACCUACCUUGGAGCUCGACUUCCGCAUGAGUGUCAAGGUGAAUCCCAAGGUUUCCAUCGGGUCGGGUCUUUUUGGCCACCGUGACUGGGUCAGCAUUGUUGGAGGACAAUGGGCAGGCAGAUGGGGCAAGGGCACCAUCAUCCCAGGUGGUCGGGACAAUCAACUGGUGGUGAAAGAUCUCAACACACGCACCGACGCAACUUAUCUCCUACAAACAAAUGAUGAACCUCCGGCGUUUAUCACGGCUACAGCAAAGGGCUGGCGAACAGGACCGAAGGACGUGCUGGAAAGCUUGAACGAUGCUGCUGAGGCCGACACCAUUCCAGCUAGCCAGUACAAAUUUCGCAUCUCCAUCGAGCUUGAGACGGGCGAUGAACGCUACGCCUUCCUCAACACUUGCCUCUGGAUAGGAAGUGGAUGUAAGAGAGCCGAAGAGAUCAUCUUCGAUGCUUAUCGAGUGGGUUAGCUUUCCACCGACGAUUUCCAUACUCUCGCAGCAAUUAUGCCACUAGGACCGACUAUUUACUGACUCAUCACGUUUAUCACGAGCACGGCGAAUUGUGUGUUCCUUAUGUAUAUUUGCAUUGAAAUUCUCGUAAUGGAUCAACAGCCGUAUGCAGGCAGUCAGGUUAUUAUUAUCGGAGGAUGGUAUUUUUAUCCGGCCCUAUCAUUAAUGUUGCGAUGCCUGUGGACAUGGUCCUUAUCGCAGAGACACAUUAUCUUAAACCAUUGUGGUUCAUGUUGACUUUGUUGGACGGAGUACGGAUACAAGAGAAAGCUGAGCGUUCAGACGGAGUAUGGAUAUGCUUGUAACAAUGAUCAGGGAAUAUGAAGGAGGCUGGUUCUUCGAUUGUGCGAAUGGUGAAACAUACACCCAUGUCUUUGCCAGCAUUAUGAAAUAGCACGGCGUCAAGUAUUGCAAAUGCUCCAAUCAUGUUGGUUUCUGUG